AGAAUAGUUAAAAGAAGAAGAUGAUGUCUGUGGAGUCGUCUAUGCCAUCCAAUUACAAUAACAAACCAACCACUGUCUCUGCAAGAAGAAGAAGAAGAAGAAGAAGAAGAAGAAGAAGAAGAAUCAGUGUGAUGGUUUGAUUUUAAAGAAAAAGCAAAUGGGAACCGCCAAAUCAAAGUGAGGAGCUGCAGAAACCUCCAGAUUUGGCACCGAAAAGUUCAUUCCCACUUCAAAUCCAUCGCUUUCAGCAAACCCUUUUCAUUUUUUUUUUCUUCAACAACCCUUCUCUCUGUUUUACUAUUCCCCAAAACCUCUCUUCUAAUCCAAGUUUCACUUCUCUCUGCUGCUUAACUUAAGGCUUCUUCAUAUUCAAAACUUCCCUUCUUUUAUUUUUUUUCUUUGGUUUGCUAGUUUUUGCGAGUAAUGAAGUCUUCCCUGUUCUGGGUUUCAUCUCAUUUACUUUUAAUGUACUGAUUCAGUCUCUGUAUUGAACUUGAACCCACUUCUCGAAUUAGUAGAUUACAGUUUUAGUAGGAUGCAGAGUUAUUUUCUCGAUUUCCUUUGGCUGUUUCUCUCUUCUUCUUCAUUUUGUUUGGGGGCUCUUUCGUUUCUCUGGGCAAUGCGGGUUCAUUGAGCUUUCUGAGUUUUGUUCUUCCUUGGGAAAAUUGAGAGAGAAUGGGAUAUUUUUCUUCUGUCCAGAUUUUCUGUCUGAUCUCUGCAGUUCUGAUUGUGACCAGUGAUUCCUUUGCGUUGAAUGAAGCAUCGGCUCUUAACACCUUCAAAGAACAAAUAUCUGAAGACCCAAAGCGAAUUUUUUCAAAUUGGGAUUUACAAGUUGAAAAAAAUCCCUGUAACUGGUCUGGAAUUUCCUGUUCUCCAGAUGGAGGCCAUAUUAUAAAGCUUGACAUUUCUAGGGCGUCAUUGAAAGGAUUUCUAGCACCAAGCUUGGGUCAACUCAGGUUCCUGCAAGAACUGUAUCUUCAUGACAACAAUCUGCUUGGAACAAUACCUAAGGAGCUGGGAUUAUUAAAGAAACUUAAGGUCCUUGAUUUGGGGACGAAUCGACUCUCUGGUCCGAUCCCUUCAGAGAUUGGGGGUUUAACAGAUAUUUUGAAAAUCAACUUUGAAUCAAACGGAUUGACCGGGAGGCUACCGCCUGAGCUGGGAAAUUUGAGAUACCUCAGAGAACUUAGGUUAGAUAGGAAUAAACUUCAAGGAUCUAUUCCAGAUGGUGACAGUUCAAAGUAUACGUCCAAUAUUAGAAGGUAUGCUCCAAAUGCACCUGGAUUCUGUCACUUAACUGAGCUCAAGGUUGCAGAUUUUUCAUACAAUUUCUUUGUUGGGAAAAUACCCAAAUGCUUGGAGGACUAUCUUCCAAAGUCAAGUUUUCAAGGGAACUGUCUUCAAUACAAUUAUCCUAAACAGCGUACUGCAGCUCAAUGUGGUGGUGGUGCUCCUCCUGCUCAAUCACAUCCAGGAGGCAGCUCAAAGCAUGUACCUGUUCAACAUGCUUCCGAACACCAAAGAACUUCAAAACCUGCCUGGCUUCUAACCCUUGAAAUCAUCACUGGAAUCACGACGGGUUCUUUAUUUAUAAUUGCUGUGAUCACUUCUCUUCGUAGAUGCAAUGGCAAAUCCUCGAUCAUCAUCCCGUGGAAGAAGUCCUCAAGUGGGAAGGACCAUGUUAGCCUUUACAUUGACACUGAGAUGUUGAAAGAUGUGCCAAGCAUCAGCAGGCAAGUGCUUGAAGUAGCCUGUGAAGAUUUUAGUAAUAUUAUUGGCUCCUCACCGGAUAGUCUAGUUUACAAGGGGACCAUGAAAGGUGGGCCUGAGAUUGCUGUUAUCUCAAUAUGCAUUAAAGAAGAAAACUGGACAGACUAUCUCGAGCUUUAUUUUCAGCGAGAGGUGGCAGAUCUAGCAAGACUAAAUCAUGAGAAUGUAGGAAAGUUGCUAGGCUAUUGUAAAGAAAGCAGUCCAUUUACAAGGAUGCUGGUUUUUGAAUAUGCAUCAAAUGGCACAUUAUAUGAGCACCUUCAUUAUGGAGAAGGUUGUUUAUCCUGGACACGAAGAAUGAAUAUUAUUUUGGGCAUGGCCCGUGGACUUAAGUAUCUUCAUGGUGAACUUCAACCACCGUUCACUAUAUCAGAGUUGAAUUCUGGUGCUGUAUAUCUUACAGAUGAUUUCUCACCCAAGCUGGUUGACUUUGAAAGCUGGAAGACCAUUCUUUCAAGGUCAGAAAAGAACUCAGGCUCCAUUGGAAACCAAGUCACUCAAUGUCUUCUUCCAAAUUCACUCGAACCACGUCAUCUUGAUAUAGAAAGUAAUAUUUACGCAUUUGGUGUUCUUUUACUGGAAGUAGUCAGUGGGAGACCUCCAUACUGUAAGGACAAAGAAUGCUUGGUAGACUGGGCCAAGGAAUACCUUGAAUCGCCUGAUGGAAUGUCUUGCUUGGUAGACCCAGAAGUGAAGCAUUUUGCAGAUGAAGAUCUGAGGACGAUAUGCGAGGUAGUAAAUCUUUGCAUUUAUCCACAGCCCACGAAGCUGAUUUGUAUGCAGGACUUAUGCAGCAUGUUAGAGACCAGAAUUGAUACCUCAGUCUCUGUUGAGUUGAAGGCAUCUUCUCUUGCUUGGGCUGAACUUGCACUUUCUUCAUAGAUGAGGUUCGAGCUAACACAUAGAUAAUCAGAUAUAUAAAUAUAGAUAUAUAGCUCUAUAUAUACAAAAAUGUAAUACUACUUUUUCUGGUUUGAGUUUCUUUCUUUGUUCUUGUAUAUGCUAUGAGCGCCAGAGCAGAUGAAGUUCGUGCUCAAUGCAUCAGAUGAUAGAGGAAGGAUGCCCCUAAUGUUGAAAUAGUUAAGUGAAAGCAUUAAGGAGGUUUCCCCUCUUUGUUGCCUGCCAUAAUUAGUACAAAUGAACAUGUUCAUCUCCGUCUAAAAAACUCAA